CGCAAUCGUGGCGUAAGAAAAGGAAAUGAGAGGAAUCAACUCGUGAGAUUCCUCAUACCGUUUGAUUAUUUAAAGCUCUCCAUUAAUGGUUGUUUAUCAUGAUCCGUUCCUAUUGAAUUCGAAUUUGAAACGAGCCAUUCAGUCGUGGAUAGUUGUCGGAGAACAGUCAGUCUCUUAGCAGUUCCAAAGCCCGAAGUUCAAUUCGAAUCUCUUGCAUUAUAGUUCUUCUACAGUUCGGAUCUUGGGUGUGAUGAGAUUUUUGGGAUUUGUCUGCCUUGGAAUAUUAUGGAUUCUAGCGACACUGCAUCAAGUCAAAUCACAUGGAAACCAUCCUUUCUCGAAAAUUGCCAUUCGUAAAACUACAUUCGCCCUUAAUAAACAUGCUAAUGUUAAAGCCUCUCCAUCGGUUCUUGGAUUGAAGGGGGAGAAUACAGAAUGGGUGACGCUGGAGUAUAGUUCUCCAGACCCGUCCUCUGAUGAUUGGAUUGGAGUAUUUUCUCCAGCCAAUUUCAGUUCUUCUACCUGCCCCGUAGAGAAUCCAAGAGUAUAUCCACCAUUGUUGUGUUCAGCACCUAUUAAGUUUCUGUUUGCAAAUUACACAAAUGCCAAUUACAAAACUACUGGACGAGGGCUUUUGAAACUUCAGCUGAUAAACCAGAGAGCAGACUUCUCUUUCGCAUUAUUUUCUGGUGGUUUAUCAAAACCAAAGGUGGUGGCAAUAUCAAACCGUGUAACUUUUGCAAAUCCUGAUGCACCACUUUACCCACGCUUGGCACAAGGGAAAAAUUGGAAUGAAAUGACUGUAACAUGGACAAGUGGAUAUGGUAUUGAUGAGGCCGAACCUUUGGUUGCAUGGAGCCAAAAUGGAAAAGACCUUAUGCAAUCCCCAGCCGGGACACUGACUUUUGAUCGUAACAGCAUGUGUGGUGCACCUGCAAGGACAGAGGGAUGGCGAGACCCUGGAUUUAUACAUACCAGUUUUCUCAAGGAAUUAUGGCCCAACCAAGAGUAUACAUACAAGUUGGGGCAUAAAUUAAACAACGGCACAUAUAUUUGGAGCUCAACAUACAAAUUCAAAGCCUCGCCUUAUCCCGGUCAAAACUCGUUACAAAGAGUUGUCAUUUUUGGUGACAUGGGAAAGGAUGAAGCUGAUGGCUCUAAUGAAUACAACAAUUUCCAACGUGGCUCUCUCAAUACUACUAGACAACUUAUAGAGGAUUUGAAAAAUAUUGACAUAGUUUUCCACAUUGGAGAUAUAUGUUAUGCAAAUGGAUAUCUUUCACAGUGGGAUCAGUUUACAGCACAGAUUGGACCAAUUGCAUCAACAGUGCCUUACAUGAUUGCUAGUGGUAAUCACGAGCGUGACUGGCCAGGGAGUGGAUCCUUCUAUGACACCAUGGAUUCAGGGGGAGAAUGUGGUGUAGUGGCUCAAAAUAUGUUUUAUGUCCCUGCUGAGAAUCGGGAAAAGUUUUGGUAUGCCACAGACUACGGUAUGUUUCGCUUCUGCGUAGCCAACACAGAGCUUGACUGGAGAGAGGGAACAGAGCAAUAUAAAUUCAUUGAGCACUGUCUAUCAUCUGUUGAUAGGCAAAAGCAACCAUGGCUGAUUUUUCUGGCACAUCGUGUGUUGGGUUACUCUUCAUGCACUUUCUAUGCUGAACAAGGAUCAUCUUCAGAACCAAUGGGCCGCGAGAGCCUUCAAAGUCUUUGGCAGAAAUAUAAGGUCGAUCUUGCUAUAUAUGGCCAUGUGCAUAGUUACGAGAGAACAUGUCCCAUCUACCAGAAUAUUUGUACCAAUGAGAAGAAACACUACUAUAAGGGCCCCUUGAAUGGAACAAUUCAUGUUGUUGCUGGUGGGGGAGGAGCAAGCCUUUCACCAUUUAUCUCACUCCAAACCAAAUGGAGUAUUUUUAGAGAUUAUGAUUAUGGAUUUGUCAAGCUUACUGCAUUUGACCAUUCAAACCUCUUGUUUGAGUACAAGAAGAGCAGUGAUGGGAAGGUUUAUGAUUCUUUCAGAAUAUCAAGGGAUUACAGAGACAUUUUAGCAUGUGCAGUUGAUAGCUGUCCCAGAACAACAUUGGCAUCGUAACUUCACGUUCGACCAUUCGAUAAAAAGCGCAAGAUCUUCCUGUCUACAUAUCUUAGUAAUAAGCCUUUUUUAGUAGGUUUCGGUAUUCAGCUAAAGCUCUCACUGUUUGCAUAUUAGUUUCGUGUAAGGACACAGCAACCACUUAUUAUUGGUUCAAAUAUCAUUUUCUGUCUUUAGUUUCGAUCAUGAAAGCUAUCUACUUAAUGAUAUUUCAGAUAUAACGUUUUCAGUUAAAGUUGAUUGGUGGUUUUGGUUUUCAGAA